AUGGCCUGUAGUCCGCAGUACCAGGAGGCUGUGGACCAGUUCUGUCUAAGCCGCUUCAGUCUGGACCUGGACCAACUGGACCAGAGCCGGUGGUGCGACUGGGAGGAGACGCUGGAAUCUUACUCGGAGCUCACAAACUGCUCGUUCGUGGUGGCACUGAAGCUCGGCUGCUAUUGGCCGAACCGGGAGGUCGACGCCCUCUUUGUGGGCGUGCACCAGCGGUACUUCAGCGACUGUGCUCUAAUUGGACGGCUGCUCCGGGACCCGCCCACUCAGGUGUGUGGGCCAAUCAUCAUGGGCCCAGUGCUGGUGACGCUGCUCAUGACUGCCCUGGUGGUGUGGAGGAGCAAGCGCAGCGAGGGAGUGUUGUAG